AUGACCCCCGACGGAGGCCCCGGCCGCGUGAGUCCCACGCAGAUCUACUGGUUCUACCCGAACCUCAUCGGCUACGUGCGGGUCCUCCUCUCCCUCGCUUCCUUCGCCGUGCUGGGCAACUACCCUGGGCUAUUCCUCGCCUUUUACACCCUGUCCUUCGCGCUGGACGCGGCGGACGGAGUGGUGGCGCGCUACAUGGACCAGUGCUCACACUUUGGGGCCAUUUUCGACAUGCUGACAGACCGUGCCUCCACCGCCGGCCUCCUGCUGGUGUUGAACCACGUGGUGCAGCCCAUGCCCGAGUGGUUUACGACGCUGUGCGCCUUUCUCGUCUUCCUGGAUGUCGCGUCGCACUUCUGUCGCAUGUACGUCACACUCUUUCUGCGCAAGGGGUCGCACAAGGACGUCUCUGAAAGCACGUUUUUCUUGCUGCGGCUGUAUUACUCGAACCGCACCGUGAUGGGUGCCUUCUGCGUUGGGCAGGAGUUCUCGUACAUCCUCCUGUACGCGUACUGGAUGUAUCCCGAGGUGGCGUGGGUGCAGGCGCUCACGCUUCCCCUGCUGCUCGCGAUGGGCGCCCUGAACGCGCUGAAGCAGGUGGUGAACGUGCAGCAACUGCUGGAUGGCAUGUACCACCUCGCCGUGCUGGAUGCGAAGGAGCGGGAGGAGCGUGGAAAGAAGCAGUAG